AUGGUGAACGACACUUCAAUAUAUUCUUUGAAAUUGUCAUCGCUACCAUUUGAGAUUAGGCAAUUGUUAUCACAGUCACUGAAUUCGGAAAAAGUUAUUCUCUGUGAUGGUCCUGAUAAACUACCCAGAGAUUGGCGUGGACUUGCAUUUCAAGUAAAUUUAUCUUCGCGCCUCGAGACAUAUAUUAAGCAACAAUAUGAAGACAAAACUGCUAAGGUAUUGGAGUUAUGGCAGCAAACUAAUAACUCGGCGACUGUGGGAGAACUUCUGGAAUACUUAGAGUGUAUAGAUAGAUAUGAUGUGGCUGAAGAUGUUUACAAUGAUCUUAGAAAGGCAGUUAGCAGCGGUGAGCUAUCAAGAAAUAGCCAAAACCAAAUAGCUAUACCAAGUACGGGGUUGAGUACGGAGCCUGAUAGUGGUGUGAUCACGUACGAUGAUCGACCUGGGUAUGCACAACUCUAUGAUGCCAUGGUGCUGUAUGCUGCUGAGGACAAAGACUUUGUCGAGAUUAUGAUGGAGCGGAUGACUGACAAGGGUUACCAGCUAUGCACAGUGGACGACCUGCAGGUAGGUCACACGACGCAGUACGCGCCGGUGUCGCGCCUCAUCUCGGAGCGCUGCCGCCGCGUCAUCCUCGUGCUGUCGCCCGACUUCCUCGACAGCCCCGGGAUGAAGUUCUACAUGAACUACGCCACCGCUGAUGGUAUAGAAACGGAGCAACGCAAGAUUCUUCCUUUAAUGUACCGCAACUGUCAGCUACCCCGGCACUUGUCGUUCUACCACAAACUGUUCUACGAGUCAAACAAGCCACCCCUAUACGACUUCUGGAAGAAACUGCAGCAGUCUCUCGAAGUGGCUCGGAUGUCAACUGCCCAGCCACAGUACAGAAUGAACAAUCGGAUUCAGCAACCUUCACCGCCACAGAUAACCAUAGAUGAAUAUCCAUCAGGCAAGAUCCUCAGUGACUACAUGGACUCCAAUUUAUUCCUCCCGAGGCCCGACCUUAGCAUAUCUCUGCCGGGCUUAAAUUCCCUCAACACCACCAAUUUGUGCACAACACAAGACUGCCAUUCAUUAAGCAAUGUCAGUCAAGUCAGCGGAGACUCUCACCCCAAAAAGAAAAAGAAGAGUUACUUUAGGAAAUUCUUCAGCACAUUCAAAGGGAAGAAGUCUAAGGAAGCUAUCAUGGUGGCUGAUUAG